CUUUUACACCUCUCGUAUUAUUGUGUUUCGGCUAACGAGAUGAGUUUUUGGCGCUGGAGCGCACCGUCAUUCCGCAUUAUUAUUCGGACAAAUUAUUCGAAAAAAUUCCGGUUUGUGCCGACUCAUGAGCGCAUAAUUAGGAAAAAAGGGGAGAUUCCGAUUCAGAUUGAAGGGUUAAAGUUCGAUACAGCCAAAAAUUAAUAUUAAUGACGCGCCUUUGACGAAAUGACAGGUUUGCACCCUUUGAAAAAAAAUCGUUAUUACCAUACGUUCAAUUUCUGAUCAAAGGGUGACAUCACAGUUAAAAAACAAGCAAAAAAUUUUGUGAAAAAAUUUUUUUGAUGAUUUAAAAUGGAAAAUCCAAUUCUCUGAAUUCCACUGCCGUUACAAAAUUAACGUCUCGGGGAAACCGAUAGCACACACAUGAUUCAGAGAAGCGAAACCUGAGGCUAUCCUCACAGUUAAGUUAAGAUUCAAUAAAAUCGCAGACCACACUUAAUGAACUAUUAAAAGAGUGUCAAGAGCGAACCGAGUCAUUGUUUCCCGACCAUUUGAACGAAUAUUACGCUUAUUAUGCUUGUGGGCCACUUAAUCAUUUUAAUUUCCACAACAACUCUCGGAUUCCCAGUUACGAACCCGAAAAUACCGUCAGUGAAAGUCUUGGAAUUUUUAAAAAACUUUGGCUAUAUCGAAGGUGACGAUGACACUUUUGGCGCCCUUUACACCGAAAACGGCAUUUCCGAAACGAUCAAAAACGUGCAAAAAUUCGGGGAUUUACCCCAAACUGGCGUCUUGGACAAUGCAACACUUGCGUUGAUGGCAACUCCACGGUGCGGCAACGCCGACAUUAUCAGGAACAAACGCUCGAAACGUUACGUUUUGGGCUCCGAAGGGUGGGGAAAACGCACCAUUUCUUAUUUUAUCGCUAACUGGUCCCCAAAGCUGGGUCAAGCCUCAGUGUCCCGAAACAUCGAACUGGCUCUGAAAACUUGGGGGAAGUACGGGCACUUAAAAUUCGAAAAACGCCAAAACCCGGAUGCCGACAUUAUUGUGGCGUUUGGUAGCGGGUACCAUGGUGAUACCAGCCCGUUUGAUGGUCCUGGUAAUAUCCUAGCCCAUGCCUUUUUCCCCAAUGAGGGUUCGGAUGGGUUCGGUGGUGAUAUUCACUUCGAUGCUGAUGAAAAUUGGGUUGAUGGUAAUGGCACAGAUGGGACGGAAUUCGUAAUGGUUGCGUUACAUGAGCUGGGACAUUCGCUGGGUUUGGCCCAUUCGCCCGUUUCUGGCUCCGUCAUGUUCCCCUAUUAUCGUGGGUUGGACGGGAAUGAGAAGGAGCUCCAGUUGGGUUAUGACGAUAUUUUGGGGAUGUAUGAGCUUUACAUUCGCAGGAAUAUAGCGGAGGAGGCGCCAACUAGUGUUUCACCAACUUCAACAAGUGUUGAAACUUCAACUGGAGUUUCACCAACAAUUUCAACAAGUGUUGAAACUUCAACUGGUGUUUCACCAACAAUUUCAACAAGUGUUGAAACUUCAACAUUUGGUGUUUCAAGUGUUGAAACUUCAACUCCAGUUGUGGUGUACCAUGGUGACGACGAAUCUGUCGAAACCCACAAGAACCAUGACGACACCCAUGGAAUACCAUCAACAAACUCGCCCAGUCUUCCCAACAUUUGUGACGCCUCCUUUGACGCUGUGGCAGUCCUAAGGGACCAAAUUUUCAUUUUCAAGGAACAAUACUUGUGGAGACUUGACGAUUUAUCCAGGAUUGUACCAGGAUACCCUAUUUCAAUCAGCCAAAUGUUUCCAGACUUGCCCAAAAGUGUUAAAAAAGUGGACGCUGCUUACGAGCGACCUGAUGGAAUGAUAGUUUUAUUCAGUGGGGACAAAUUCUGGGUCUAUGACGGUAAGAAAUUCAUAGAAGGUAGUCCGAGACCAUUGUCCGACUAUGGUCUACCUGACACACUUGAUAAAAUCGAUGCGGUGCAAACAUGGGCCAGGAAUGGCAAAACCUACUUUUACAAGGAUGAGAUUUUUUGGAGGUAUAACGAAACGGAGGGGAGAAUGGAUGAAGGGUACCCCAAACAUAUGAAGCGCUGGAGGGGGGUACCCCACCACCUGGACGCUGCCACUACUUUCAGAGGAAUUACUUAUUUUUUCAAGGAUAAAUUGUACUGGAAGUUUGAUAAUGACUGGAUUAUAGUUUCGGAAGAAUCGCCCCUUCCAGCCCCCCAGCGUUGGUUAGGGUGUCCCGAAGACGAGGCAACUUUUGCGCAAUUAUUCAAUUAUCAAAAAUAAGCACUUUUUUAAUAAAUUUAUUGUAAAAAUUUA